CCCAACCGUUUUGAGCUCGCCGCGCCUCCUGCUCUAGGGUUUCCGCUCUUUGCCGUCUCCAGAACCCUAACCCCAAGCGCAGCGCCCAAAUGGCUCCCAAAAGAGGUGGGAAAGCUGCGGUCCCGGCGAAGAAGAAGCCGGAGAAGGUUGUGAAUCCUCUGUUCGAGAAGCGGCCGAAGCAGUUUGGGAUCGGAGGGGCUUUGCCACCGAAAAAGGACCUUCACCGGUUCGUGAAGUGGCCGAAGGUGGUCAGAAUCCAGAGACAGAGGAGAAUUCUCAAGCAGCGCUUGAAGGUUCCCCCGGCCUUGAACCAGUUCACCAGGACUUUAGAUAAGAAUCUUGCCUCCAGCCUGUUCAAGAUGCUUCUGAAGUAUCGCCCUGAAGACAGAGCUGCAAAGAAGGAACGGCUUCUGAAUAGGGCUCAGGCAGAGGCUGAAGGGAAGACUGUUGAAGUUAAGAAGCCUAUUGUUGUGAAGUAUGGGCUUAAUCAUGUCACCUAUCUCAUUGAACAGAAAAAGGCGCAACUAGUGGUCAUUGCUCAUGAUGUCGACCCAAUCGAGUUAGUUGUUUGGCUGCCCGCCUUGUGCCGGAAGAUGGAAAUUCCUUAUUGUAUUGUGAAGGGAAAAGCACGGCUUGGAGCGAUCGUACACAAGAAGACUGCAGCUGUGCUGUGUUUAACCACUGUAAAGAAUGAGGAUAAACUUGAGUUCAGCAAAAUCUUAGAGGCUAUCAAGGCUAACUUCAACAACAAAUUUGACGAGAUCCGGAAGAAGUGGGGAGGUGGGAUAAUGGGUUCCAAAUCUCAGGCAAAAACCAAGGCCAAGGAAAAGCUGCUAGCAAAGGAAGCUGCUCAGAGGAUGAGCUAGGUCACUUUCUUUUAGUUUUUGGUUCGGGGGGUUUUACAUUUAGCAUUUUCCGAUCUGUAGCUGCAGUCGCAUGAGCGGCGAACUGGCUGGCCACCAUAUCUCAAAUUUUGAACCAGUUAUGUCUCAAAAGUUGAUAGUAUUUUUUAUCGUCUGGAUUCUUUACGAACUUGCCAAGGCAUGCUUCAAAAUUUUCUUCCGGGCUUUUAAAGGAUUAAUCAUUAUUGUUUUGUGUGGUUGAUAUCGC